CUGCAGCGGGAAAAGCCGUAGUUAGACUGGAAUCUGGAUAAGAUUUAUGCAGCAAGAUGGGGAGUGGCUAGAAUACAAGGCUGCAGGAAAGCAAGAGUACUUUGAAAACCUUCCUAACCACGAACCCAGCUUCAGAUCCUUUUAAUUGGUCCAAGGGCUUGCCAGUUGCUGCAGCUUGCUACGAUUCUCCAAUCACACGUGCUCUCUCAUUCACGUUACAGCCAAUUGUGAAGCACCUUCUUUGGCCACGGUCCAAUUACUUUUAUUUUCCUGUCUAUCAUUGGUCGCCUUGGAGGCGGCUCUCGCGGGGCUGACAGGGCAUUGCUAAGCGACAAAGAUGCGCUCGCAAUGUGUCCGGUGACCCAGCCAAGCGGGCAGAAUCGCCGGGGUAGCUGAGGGAUGGACCGCAGCUUGUCAAUUUUCUCCACCCAAGACAGCCCUUUUGGGGAUGCUUCCCUGGGUCGAAGCCACUAUUGGCCAUCCCGAAGCCAGACCUGGCACCCCAAGACCCUGAGCUCAUCUAGGUCCCAGAGAUCCAGGCUCCCAGAAGCUCCCAAGGCUCUGGCUACAUGUCCCAACUCCUCUGAGCUGUUUGAGGAAUCCUGGCCACCCAGCUCAGGGACCCCUUCCCCACCCAGCACCACUGAGGGACAGAUGGGAGCCUCCCCACCACCCACCCUGACUGACAGUGGGGACUCCGUGGUGGCCAAGUAUAUAAACCGGUUCCGCCAGGCUCAGCCCACAAGCCGAGAGGAACGCCAGUCUGCAGGCCCAACCCCAGCUGACUUUUGGUGGCUGCAGCCUGAAUCUCCAGACCCCAACCGUCAACUUGCAGAAGGAGCCAGUGAACCAGAAGGAAGACUCAGCACAUCAAUCCCAACUCUUGCCAAGGUGGCCAGUGCAUCGCAGGCUAAAGCUACGGCCCCCCUUCAAGAAAUAAAGCAGAGCCUCAACACAUGGAAUUCCUCCCUGCUGGACUUGGAGACACUGAGCCUUCAAAGCAGGGCUGCCCGGCUGCUCAAACGCAGCAAGGCCUCCAUUUCCUCCUCCUCCCUCAGCCCCAGCGAUGCCAGCAGCUCCUCGUUCCCUAUCAGCUCUGAUGGCCUCUCUCCCUUCUCCAUCACCUUCACCCCCGACUCCAGCAAGGGCUCUGUGCCCAAGGCAGAAGCAACCCCAGCACCUGCCCCUGUCCCUGCUUCAGCACCGGUCUCCUCCCGGGCACCCCUGCGGCCAGAAGAUGACAUUCUGUACCAGUGGCGGCAGCGGCGGAAGUUGGAACAGGCUCGAGGAAGCCAGGGUGAUGGGACCUGGGUGCUGCCCGGGACCCCUGCCCUCACCACUACGGUCCCCGUCCCCAUCAGUCGACAGACUUCUGCUCCUACGGAGACCCUUAGUUCGCUAGGAACCCAGCCUAACUGCCUCCCACUUUGGGGCAGUGUGGCUCCGCCUUUUCCCAAAGAGGCCUUUCCUGUGGAGAGGCCUAUUAUCCCAGGGUUCUCUCCACCCAUCUUUUGGGGCCCCAGUCCCCAUGGAUUUUUCUGGGCACCGCAGCCCGGUCCCUGGGUAUCUCUUGGGGCCACUCCUUCCAUGCCCCCAGCCUCCACCACUGCGCCUCCAGCCUCUACCUCGGCUCCCCAGGCCUCCACUUCUACGCCUCCAGCCUCAACCCCCACACCCCCUGCCUCCACCUCUGCGCCCCCUGCCGCCCCCCAAGGCCUGCCCACCCCUGCACCGAGUAGCCCCGCCGAGUCCGAGAGGCAGCGCUCCAAGCCUCGGAGAAGCAGAACCCCAAGCCGGGGUUCUGCUGGGCGAGUUAAGGCAGCUGAAGAUGGGCCUGGCCCGCAGCUCAAAGGCGCCCUGGGCCAGGUGGUGGCGGCUCGGCUCUUUCCGGACAGCCUGGAGGACACGCCCCCUCGGCCUGAGGGCCCGCCUCCACCCGAGGCUGAAAGUCGGAAAGUCAAGGCCGCACCCUUUCAGUCCAAGGUUACGUCCCCUCGCCCAGAGGUCACAGCCCCGCUCUCUGAAUCAUGGUGUCCGCAGGCAGAGACCCCGCCGGCUCGGUCUGAGGCCGAGUCUCAGAACGGCAAGGCCAUGCUCCCCCUAGCGGGACCAGUGCCGCGGAAGGACAAAGACACUCCCUGGACGGAAGCUGGCCGUUUGCUACCAAAGGUCCCGCCCCCUCCAGCUGAGGAGGCGGCCACUCGGGUCAAGGCCCCGCCCCCUCCACUCAAGGCCGGGCUGCUUGAAGUUGUAGCCACGCCUUCAACUGCUGCUGGCCACGCCUCCUCAGAUCUGCUUUCCCAGGCCGCCAGACUUCUAAAGGCUGCAGAAGACUCCGACGGCAGCGAGUUCCAAGACGACCCUGUACUGCAGGUGCUAAGGGUUCAAAGGGCGGAGCUUCGGCAACAGAAAAGGAAAGUGGACACACAAUUAUCCCGCCUGCUGGGCCACACAGAAGACCCAGGGUCUUGGUCUCCUCCAGCCAGGUCACCUCCCGGGGUCCCCAGGAAUGCGCUGCAGAGAGAAGGAGACUCUGUUGAGGCCAGACAACUUUGAAUUGUACAAAUUCUAUUUUCCUAAUAAAUUCUUUUUUCAGGU